AGACCACCGACCUACCACACUCGCCACUGCCCUCUCCACUAUGGAGCUCCUCCGCGCGGUCGUCCUGCUCUCCCUGGCGCUCCUGGCCAACGGCCGGGACACCGACCUCUCCCGGGACAGCUUCCCCAAGGGCUUCGUCUUCGGCACCGCCUCGUCGGCGUACCAGGUGGAGGGCAACUCCCUCAAGUACGGCCGCGGGCCCUGCAUCUGGGACACCUUCCUCAAGUUUCCAGGUGCCACUCCCGACAACGCCACCGCCAACGUGACCGUCGACGAGUACCAUCGCUACAUGGACGAUGUGGACAACAUGGUGAGGGUGGGCUUCGACGCCUACCGCUUCUCCAUCUCCUGGUCGCGCAUUUUCCCCAGUGGGAUCGGGAGGGUCAACAAAGACGGCGUGGACUACUACCACAGGCUCAUCAACUACAUGCUCGCCAACAAUAUCACUCCGUACGUCGUGCUCUACCACUACGACCUCCCCGAGGUCCUCAACAACCAGUACAACGGCUGGCUCAGCCCCAGGGUCGUGCCCGACUUCGCGGCUUUCGCCGACUUCUGCUUCAAGACGUACGGCGACCGGGUGAAGAACUGGUUCACCAUCAACGAGCCGCGGAUGAUGGCCUGGCACGGCUACGGCGACGGCUUCUUCGCCCCCGGCAGGUGCACCGGCUGCCGGUUCGGCGGCAACUCCGCCACGGAGCCCUACAUCGCCGGCCACCACCUCCUCCUCGCGCACGCCGCCGCCGUCAAGGUAUACCGCGACAAGCACCAGCGCGUGCAGAAGGGCACCAUCGGCAUCCUCCUGGACUUCGUGUGGUACGAGCCGCUGACCUAUACCGUGGAGGACGAGUACGCGGCGCACAGGGCGAGGGAGUUCACCCUUGGCUGGUACAUGCACCCGAUCACCUUCGGCCACUACCCGGAGACGAUGCAGAAGCUGGUGGGGUCGAGGCUGCCGACCUUCACGCCGGAGCAGAGCAAGCUGGUGCAGGGCUCGGCGGACAUCAUCGGGAUCAACCACUACACCACCUACUACGUGAAGCACCACGAGAACCUGACGCACAUGAGCUACGCCACCGACUGGCAGGCCCAGCUUCUCUUUGAUCGCAACGGCGUGCCGAUCGGAAAACAGGCGUUCUCGAAAUGGCUGUACGUGGUGCCCUGGGGAUUCUACAAGGCGGUGAUGCACGUGAAGAACAAGUUCAGGGACCCCUUGAUCCUCAUCGGCGAGAACGGCAUCGACCAGUCCGGCAGCGACACGCUGCCGCACGCGCUCUACGACACCUUCAGGAUCGACUACUUCGACCAGUACCUCCACGAGCUGAAGCGCGCCAUCGCCGACGGCGCCAGGGUGACGGGCUACUUCGCGUGGUCGCUGCUGGACAACUUCGAGUGGCGGAUGGGCUUCACCUCCAAGUUCGGGCUCGUCUACGUCGACCGGAAGACCUUCACCCGGUACCCCAAGGACUCCACGCGCUGGUUCCGGAAGGUGAUCAAGAGCGAGGAGUACUGAAGAGUCGAGCGGAUCGUUCGAGCGUGCGUCCUCCCUUCUAGGUAGCCGAGAUUGUUUUUCUCUUUUCUUUUAAGUGUCACCAGAUGGAUGAAUAAGACGUUAGUUUUAGUUUUGGUUGGAUGAAUAAGAUGUCUUGUAGUAGUUCAGAUCAAAGAGAGUUCUUCAGUUAUAGUUUCGGCUCUGGAUUGUGCAAGUAAAAUUGAUAUCCCUCACGCCUUC